AUGGAGGCGGCGAUCCCUCUCGAGUCUGAGAGUGAAAGUCUAGACGUCUCAAGCAUCAAGUUCGCGGUCCUCCACGACCCGGAGUUGAUCCAAGAUCAGCCAGGAUCGCGGCGCAGCCUCAUUGCUCAACAACAACUUGCCGCCAUCAGCAACGCUCUCAACAAGCUGUCUCCCCUUAGAGCAUCCACUGUCUCGACCGCCCCGACCACAAAUACGAUCCCUGAACUUGCCAGCACCGUUCCCGAGUCCGAAUCGCUCCCAAAUGUCGAAAGUCCGUUCGAAUUCCUUCGGCCAGCGAUCACUCAUGGCAGACAAGCCACCCUUGCUCAGAAGAUGACCAGCCAAGGUAGUGAUGCUCCUACCCAAGAGCUGUCGCAGUCACAUUACACUGCUCUUUUGCAAAGUCGAAGUGCAGCUCAACUGCUAAGGGAGCAUCAAGAUGAAGACGAUGAAGGAUCACCCCAAUUCUCUCUUCGGGAGGGGGAUGAAGGACAUAUCGACUUGUUGUCCAGUCUGGUGUCACCAAAGGACGGUCCAAGCGAACUAGACUCCGAGCCCGUCGAGUUUUCCCCUACCCAGAGCCAACCUGCGCUUUCCCAGUUUCCUGAAUCGCAGCGCUUCAAGACGCCCGCGACUGCAGGGAAGAAGAGGAGCUACGAUGGAGACAUCGUUGAAACUCCGGUGCUGCCUCGCAAUCCGUUUCUGGGAAAUGGGUCGCGCAAAGAAGAAAAUAUCAUGGGACUCAGCCAAGCAUUUGCCGCCACUCAAGCAGACACUUCGCCAUUCGUCCAUGAUGGUAAUGGUGAUAUACUCUCGGACAGGCCCUCUCCGAAUAUAGAGCUGCGGCCUCGCCCUGUGACUGCUACCAGCUCGCCGAUGAGACCAAUCUCUGCCUUCAAAAGAGCAUCUACGGAACCUGCUUCACGGUAUAUAUCUGUCAGGGAAGAGUUGGCUUUACGUGAACAAGGCGAACCCGAACCGCAACGGCCAUCCGAUGAGGAAGAUGAUGUUUUUGCCCACCUGCAAGAGCCAGAUUCUAUGACCAGAUACCGUCGACGACUGGCAAUCGAGAAGCAGGUGAAGGUAUCACUCCAGCGACUGUCGUCGCCUUCGACCCGUCCAUUGCGGAGGACAUCUAUGUCGCGCUCUUCCCCCGUUCGCCAAAAUCAUCGCAGCUCUCCCAUUGAGCCACUCUCCUCACGCACAACCAGGUUUACAGAUAGGUCAAGCCCAACAAAGGCAGAUUCACCCCGCCCACUUCAAGAAAGCGAAGAGGAAACCGACUUGGAAGACAGCCCGCAGAUAGCUGUGGCGCGUUCAAGUCAAGCCAUGGUUGCGUUGAAUGAUGCCGAUGAUGACAAGGAAAACUAUCUGGGCAAUGAUAGUCAAGUUCCUGAGACUGCUGCACGGCUGAUUCGUGUGGCCAACGGGCAUCCUUUCGAGGUCGAGGACAGUCCGUCUUUGAGACACUACCGGCGUGUCAGUGCUGAAAAACAUGUACUCAACAGCUCACAACCUUUUGCAAUUGCCGACUCUCAGCCUUCGCAAUCUCGACGACGCCCGCAGAGACUCAGUCAAACACUGAAGUCUACCCCGGCCACUGGUAGUGUUGAUUUUGUUCCACAAUCACCUAGUGCGGGUAUAGAACCUGGAGACGGCGCUGGAAUAGAAAGGCCUGGUGUGAAGGGACUCUCAAACGGUCUGGCGGAAAACACUCCCGGUGCGAUGCCUGAAAAGGCUGCACCAGAUUCUUCUGUUCCUCGAAGAAGCACCAUACCUGAGACUAGCUCGAAUAAGCCACGAACAGAACGUUCCAGGGCAGAUUUAGCCAGAAGACGAGAUGAUCCGGACAGCACGAGCCGAGGAGAAUUCGAAACAGCGCAAUCGCAAAUUCCUGACUCUACAGAGCCGUCCAAGCAGCAACAGGACAACCAAGAGGGAGUCAGCGGUGGGCCUGGUAGAGAUUCGACACCCAGUCGCAAGCGCAGACGGAUGACCGAGAUUGCUGCCGAACCUUCUCCUCUAAAAUCGCAGCUAAGCUUCAAUGUAACUGAUGCACUUCACCUUGAUCCUGCCUUCCAGAGUCCGUCCAGGCGACCUCCACUCGAUGAACUCUCCAUUUCCAAAUCCACCUCACAUCUACCUGCCCAAGCCGAGAAGGCGGAGGAAAGAGAGCAUGUUGAAGGGUCGGAGAAUGCUUCUAAACAUGAGCAUCCGGCCAAUAAAGAUGAUGAGAUACGCGACUUUCGUAACCAGAAUCUGCGUGACAACAGCCCGGAGCGAGCCACCACACCACAACAGACAAGCACAUGUUCUUCUCGUCGGUUGCGUAAGCCAACUGCAAAGGUGCUGGAAAAUUCCAUGGCACAUCCCGCUUCCGCAGAUACCCAAUCCCGACCAUCACAGUGGGAUCUCGACGCGUCUCCGCCUCAGAAAGCUCCUCUGGCCAGACCGAAUUCGUCUUUAAAGCGAAAGAAGAGGGAUGAACUGCCACCUACCGACGCACAAAAAACAUCCAGCAAGAGGCAGAAAGGCGCCGACAAGAUAACUACCACAGUGACAGCACAUGUAAGGCCUCAAGCCGUUACAGACGAGUCCGACGGUACAUCGACGGAUCAUCUUGAGAACGUGGGUACAGAAGAGAUUAGAGAUGUCGAUCAAUUGUCAGGAAACCCCUUGGUACCUAAUGUUGUUUUCGCAUUCUUCAACGGCAAAACACGCGCAUACUAUCCCGCAGUAUGUCUCGGGCUAUCCGACGUCGAUUCCAAUCGAUAUCGCAUCCAGUGGGAAGGAUACGAUCCAGAAGAAAUCGAUCGACAUGGAGUACGGAGUCUGGAUCUACGCGUAGGAGACCAAAUCAAGGUAAAUCUUCAAGGCUUCCCGAAAGUACCAUACGUGAUCAGGGGUUUUAAGGAUAGGAUUUCUACCGGUGAUGCAAAGAGCGAUGAUCAGAUCUUGAGCGACAUACAAGGCUACAAGACCCUUGUUGUUUCUACAAAACAGCGGAAGAGUCUACCAGCAGAGGUAUCUACCGAAACCCUCAAGGAAGUUCCUAUCUCUUCGAUAUAUCUUGAUAGCAACAUGUGGGGACAGGUGAGGGACCGACUUUACGAGCACAAGUCGACAGAGCCUCGGGUAAGGGUACCAGGGAUAUCGACGCCUGCCCAGUGUAAUUCGACUCCGUGUUCACCGCAGUCGCGCAAUCGCCGAGGUGCUACUGUGACGACAACCGCGCUAUCGUUAUCAACGGGCGUGAAGGAAGGGUUGUUUACCAACAUGGCAUUCGCGAUAUCCUACGACGAUGAGGGGCGCCGUGACAAGCUGGAACGCCAAAUCCAACGACACGGGGGAUCAAUACUGAAAGACUCGUUUCUCGACCUCUUGGAAUCAGAUUCGUUGCGGGUCAAGGCGCAGUAUUCAGAUUUGUCGUUUACGGCGCUUCUCACCGACAGACACUCUCGUAAGGAGAAGUACAUGCAAGCCCUUGCCUUGGGUGUGCCGUGCCUCAGUGGACGAUGGGUCGAGGCUUGCAUGCAUGCCGACGAACUGGUGACCUGGAGCACAUACCUCCUGCCAUCCGGCGAAUGUGUAGAGUUGGACGGCGCCACGAGAUCACGAGUCUUGUCUUUCGAUCCGGACUCCAAGCUUAAGGUCAGUGAUAUGAUUGAGUCACGAGAACGUAUUCUCUAUGGCGCCCGAGCAGUUGUGGCAAUGAAGAGCGGAGGUGAAAAGAUCGAAAAGCGACGAAGAGCAUUCAUGUUCCUGAUUCGAGCCCUUGGUGCCAAAGAGAUUGUGAGUGUAUCGGAUUUGGCCGGCGCCAAAAAGGAGGGUGCUGGACCGGAGGAAUUUUGUGAUGCGGGGAGUACUUUUAUAUUCGUCGAUGAUCGCGACAUGAUCAGUGCAAAGGCCUUGUUUGAAAAUGGAGCCACAGUGUCCAGCUCGCGCAAAUCACGGAAGCAUACUCCGAGUCAUCAAGCGAAUAAGGUCGGGCCCGGGUCAGAUGGAGGAGUAGAAGGCACAGGGCACCGGGAGGGUCUCAGAAACAAGGGUGGUUCCCGUGUCAAGGUCAUGUGCAAUGAAGAUAUCGUUCAGAGCUUGAUCCUGGGGAGGCUGUGGACAGGCUGA